CCCCCCACUCUUCCCAGCAAUUCUCAGUACACAGCACCAUCUCAGCCUCCCCCCUCCCCACCCCAAGUACUAGACAGUGGGGCUCAAGCCCUCUGAGGAAUGAGUGGUGAGGGUUCUCUCUGGCCUUUGAGGUGACUAAUCAAUGUGAUUGAUCCUUAGAAGUCUCCACCUCCACAAUGUGUUUGAGGCCACAGUCUGUGGCCCCCAGGCCCUGCAGCCAGCAGUUGCACUCGAAGGCACCUUCCAGGGCCGCCCUCAGCCUCUGACCUGGGGAGGCAGCACCAGGCCGGCGGGAUCUGCUAAAGUCUCCAGCUCCACCUGGAUGGGAUUCCUCCUCACAUUGUCUGGAGGCCGAGUCUGCGCAGUCAGAUGCCGCUGCUCUUUGGUAAACCCAGCCUGUCUCCCUGGGCAGCCCCACCAUCUGCCUUGGCAACUUCCUACAGGAUGUACUGCAUGGAAAAGACCCCGCUACGAGGGACCCAGCUGCUCAACGGCGCCACACGCACACCCCACGCAACAGGACCGGUCUGGGUUUUCAUGGCCGGGCAGCCGCCGUGCGAGCAAAAGCCCGAGCGCACCGCGCGCCUCCGCGCACCUGGGCCCGCCGAGCGCGCCUUUUCUCCGCGCUGGACACUGGCUAAGUCCCUCCACGGCGCGGGCAUUCGCAGACCCGCCGCGAGGCUGUGGAGAGAUGCCCUCACCGAAUCCUGCCUCCUUCCAGACCCGCCAAACGAAAAGAAAGCGAAAAGCCAACCUUUCGCCUCCAUUCUGCACACAGUUGGAGAGCGGUUGGUGGCGAGCGACCCGAAGAUUGGCUUCCAUCGCAGCAUGCUGGACAGGCAGAGACAGCCCCGAGGCCGGGCUACGCAUUCUGGAGAGCAAUCCAUGACCGACAUUUCUGCCUUCCAGGGGGGCUUGCGGCCAGGUUUAAGUGCGAGUGAGGCAGAUCGACCCCCAGACGGCCGGGCAGACAGCGACAGGUCACCGUCCUGCUGCCUUUCAGGGUAUCUAGACCUGUCCUUGGCCAGAGAAUCUGGGACCAAAAGGCUCCCGGACUCCGGAUGGGGUUGCUGGGACCGCUGGACCGCGAGGAUCCGCACGCCCGGGCCCCCUCCCUCCCUGCGGCGGCGGGGUAGGAAGGGCCAGGAUCCGAGCUUAGCACCUCCCCCAGAAAUGCAGCACUCCAGCCCCCACCGCGCCCUCCGCGCCCCUUCUUCGCGCGCUCCCUCCCGCUGCCUUCCCGCGGACGCCCUUCUGCCCCCAUCUCCAGUCUCCUGAGUUCCUUCGUGCCCCCUUUCUCUUCCCCUUGCCCCCUCCUCACACCCCCUGCCUCCGGCGUUUCCCCUCCCUGUCACCCCACCCUCGCCUGAUUCCUGGGGGCGGGAGCGCAUUGGGCUGCGCAAGGGUGGGGGCGCCGCUCCAGCUUCGCGUAGCUGCUCUGACGCCGCCGCGGCCGCCGCCGCAGCCCAGCCCGCGCCCCGCGGCAGCUCCGCAGUGCACUCGCCGCCGCCGCUCCGCCAGCCCCGCCGCCCGCCCACCAGCCCACCGGGUCGGCCCUGCGCGAGCCUCCACCGCCAGCCGACAGGGUCAUGAGCCAGAGCGCCCUGGGGCGCCGCGGGGAAAGCCAGCGAAGAUAGCGGCCUCGCGCUCCCCUGGACCUCGCCGCCUCGCCGCGCGCUCCCCGCGUCUCCAGCUCCUUCUGUCCUUUCCGUGGGCCCCGCCGCCGCCAUGGCCACCCUGCUCCGCAGCAAGCUGUCCAACGUGGCCACGACCGUGUCCAACAAGUCUCAGGCCAAGGUGAGCGGCAUGUUCGCCAGGAUGGGUUUUCAGGCGGCCACCGACGAAGAGGCGGUGGGAUUCGCGCACUGCGAUGACCUAGACUUUGAGCACCGCCAGGGUCUGCAGAUGGACAUCCUGAAAACAGAGGGCGAGCCCUGCGGGGACGAGGGCGCCGAACCGCCCGUCGAGGGAGACAUCCAUUACCAGCGCGGCGACGGCGCGCCCCUGCCGCCCUCGGGCUCCAAGGACCAGGCCUUGGGGGCUGGUGGCGAGUUCGGGGGCCACGACAAGCCCAAGAUCACGGCGUGGGAAGCGGGCUGGAACGUGACCAACGCUAUCCAGGGUAUGUUCGUGCUGGGCCUGCCCUACGCCAUCCUGCACGGCGGCUACCUGGGGCUGUUCCUCAUCAUCUUCGCCGCCGUGGUGUGCUGCUACACCGGCAAGAUCCUCAUCGCCUGCCUGUACGAGGAGAACGAGGACGGCGAGGUGGUGCGCGUGCGGGACUCGUACGUGGCCAUCGCCAACGCGUGCUGCGCUCCACGCUUCCCCACGCUGGGCGGCCGCGUGGUGAACGUGGCGCAGAUCAUCGAGCUGGUGAUGACUUGCAUCCUGUACGUGGUGGUGAGCGGCAACCUCAUGUACAACAGCUUCCCGGGGCUGCCCGUGUCGCAGAAGUCCUGGUCCAUCAUCGCCACGGCCAUGCUGCUGCCCUGCGCCUUCCUUAAGAACCUCAAGGCCGUUUCCAAAUUCAGCCUGCUGUGCACCUUGGCCCACUUCGUCAUCAACAUCCUGGUCAUCGCCUACUGCCUGUCGCGGGCGCGCGACUGGGCCUGGGAGAAGGUCAAGUUCUACAUCGACGUCAAGAAGUUUCCCAUCUCCAUCGGCAUCAUCGUGUUCAGCUACACGUCGCAGAUCUUCCUGCCUUCGCUGGAGGGCAACAUGCAGCAGCCCAGCGAGUUCCACUGCAUGAUGAACUGGACACACAUCGCCGCCUGCGUGCUCAAAGGCCUCUUCGCGCUCGUCGCCUACCUCACCUGGGCCGACGAGACCAAGGAGGUCAUCACGGACAACCUGCCCGGCUCCAUCCGCGCGGUGGUCAACAUCUUCCUGGUGGCCAAGGCGCUGCUGUCCUACCCGCUGCCCUUCUUCGCCGCGGUCGAGGUGCUGGAGAAGUCGCUCUUCCAGGAAGGCAGCCGCGCCUUCUUCCCCGCCUGCUACGGCGGCGACGGCCGCCUCAAAUCGUGGGGGCUGACGCUGCGCUGCGCGCUGGUGGUCUUCACGCUGCUCAUGGCCAUCUACGUGCCGCACUUCGCGCUGCUCAUGGGCCUCACGGGCAGCCUCACGGGCGCCGGCCUCUGCUUCCUGCUGCCCAGCCUUUUCCACCUGCGCCUGCUCUGGCGCAAGCUGUUGUGGCACCAAGUCUUCUUCGACGUCGCCAUCUUCGUCAUCGGCGGCAUCUGCAGCGUGUCCGGCUUCGUGCACUCGCUCGAGGGCCUCAUCGAGGCCUACGGAACCAACGCGGAGGACUAGGGGGCCAGGGCGAGCUCCCGCGCUCCUCCCCCUCCCUGCCGCCCGCCCCCACCAGCCCCGUGCGCCCUGCCGCCGCGCUUGGGAAGCCAAGCUUUAAACAUCUCCGGUUCCUAG